CAUUCUUGAGAUUUAAAACAAGAUGUUGGCGUCUCGCUCUGAAGAAAGUCAAGUUUCGUCAAAUUUCAUCGGUGCCCUAUCCGAAGGAAGACUAAUUGAAUAGCUCGAUCGAUUCAGCUGUCAAUGUCGACACCGCUUCCUCCAAAUGAGAGUCGCGCAACAGCGCUGGAAGCGAUAAUAUGGAGCGAGUUUGGCGUAUCCACCGUCUUCAUCUUCCUGCGCUUGGCGGUCCGACAUCAGAAACGUAGUCUUGGCCUCGACGAUGGCUUAAUGGCUGGUUCAUGGUUGUUUUUUCUUGCUAGUGUGAUAGCCGUGCAGUUCGCCGCCCAGGCAAGCGGUGGUAUGAGUCAUGUGGCCUACCUCAUGGAGUCGGAGCUAUCUUUUCAGAUAGAAAUCAGCUAUGUCGUCCUGGUCAUUAGCAUCGUGUGCACGGCGUUAGGCAAGAUCGCCAUUGGGGCUACCAUUCUCCGUAUUGUUAGAUCGGCGUCGUCGAGCGAAAGAUGGGUAGUAUGGGCCGUCAUAAUUGUGACGUCUGUCAGCUCUAUUCUCGACAUUUUCAUCAGCCUCUUCCAGUGUGGCGGCGACCCUCGCGCGAUUUGGAUCUUUGAAAUGCAGGCAAGCACCACAUGCCUCGAUACAACGAGCCUCAAUCGAUAUACGACCUUUACGGCCGUCUGGCAGGCUUUCGCCGAUUUCGUCUUCUCUAUUCUGCCCAUUUUCAUUGUUUGGCGGCUGCACAUGACGACAAAACGCAAGGUCAUUCUCACCGUCGGUCUCGGUCUCACACUUUUAACCGGUGUGGCGGCCGCUGUCAAGAGCUCCUUCAUAGCGACGCAGUCAGGAGGCCGCCCAAACGACUUCACCUGGGACUUGUUCUAUGUGUAUCUCUUGCUAACCACCGAGGCCUUACUGAUCAUCAUGUGUGGUUCGAUACCGACUAUAUACCCGAUCUGGUUUCGUACAUCACCGCAACCACCUGCGGGUUACGCCUCGCACGAGUCCAGUUACCGGAAAUAUGCGUACAGAUUGUCUCGGGCAGAGUCUGCAAGAACGCAUCGUUGGUGGCAGUACAGUCGGUCAGAUGCUGACACUGAGAUCCCGACCGACGUCGAGAUUGCGAUGCUGACGGGGACUCCGCUGCAGCCUCCGCCCGUCGCAGCCGCCGUGUCAAGGAGGUCGACCUCGGGUACCGAUGAUUUGUGUUACGGAAAAAUCCAUGUCGUGAAGGAGGUUGAAUUAUCUUGCUCGCGCUCUAAAUCAUAGCUACAGAGCUUAAAAUAGUUAUAGGGGGCUGGAAUCAAGGUUUUGAAUUGAGAUUACUCGGAA